AUGCCUACAUUCAGCUACGCGCAAGCCGCAAAGGGGGCGUCUGAGACCCCAGUGCCCGCUAAGCCGGUAUCCACAGAGCCCGAAAAGACCGAGACCAAGCCGGUAGAGCAGACCAACAAUGUUGUCACGGAGUCGGUAGCUGCGACUUCGGAGAUCGAAACAUCACAGGAGACUGAGAAGGCCACAACAAGCGUUGAUGAGGAUGCCGAAUUCACCACUGUGACCAACAAGCAUGCAAACAGAUCGAAGGCUGUUCACUCCAGGACAUCAUCCCCGAGCGUCCGGUCCACGGCAGCACACUCCAAAGAUGGUGAAUCAUCAAAUACCCCGAACGGAACCCAAGAAGCUUCUGAAAAGCAAGGGUCCGACAAGGCCGAGAAGGCCGGUAAUGAUACUGAGGAACAGAAGGAGAAGUCUGGGAAAUCCGAGAAGUCUGAGAAGACUGAGAAGUCCGAAAAAUCCGAAAAGGCCGAGAAGAACACCCCACCAAAGGAGUUGAAGGCCGCUCCUCUUCCCUCAGUGAACAUCUGGCUGCAACGGAAGGAGGCUCAAGAGGCCAAGGCCAAGACUACCCCAGCUCCUACUGCUGGCAAGGCCUCCACCGGAAAGGCCACCGAAGAAAACCAGCAGGAUUCGCCCAAGACCAACUCCAAGAAGAAGGGUACAGAUGGCCCGCAAGAAGGUGCCAAAGGAGGCAAGAAGGCCGAUGGUGCCAAGGGCCGGGAUGGUGCUUUGCCCCCAGUCGAAGAUGCCUCAUCAUGGCCUACACCAGAGGUUGCUAUUGGCGAAGAUAAGAAGAAGGCUCAGGAGAAGACAGAUAAGCCCGAGAAGGCAGAGAAGAGCCCGGUUAUGCGUGCUCACGGCAAGGAGAAGUGGAUGCCUGUUGACUAUGUUCCCACUGCCGUGUUCAACACUCCCCUCCCUUCCGCUGGCCGGGGAGGUCGGAGAGCCCCUCGCGGCGGACGGGAUGGUGGUCGUGGUGGAUCCCAUGCAACCGCUGCCGGUGAAAAGGCCGCUUCAGGUCAGCCUGCCCCUACCUCCGUGGGCAAGCAAGCAUCCGGAGAACGUGGGCGGAACGAAGCGGGCACUGGCCGUGCUGUUUCCCUUCCUGCACAGACCAGACGUUCUACCAGCUCUGACGUGACCAACUCUGAGGGUCGCAAGGCUCAAGCCGAGCGCAACAACCGUCCACAGCGCGGUACUGAAGAUGCUGCUGCCUCGAAUGGCAAGCAGACCAACGGUGGUGACAACACCGCCCGGUCCCAACGGGAUGGCAAGCAGUCCCAUCGAAACGGCGACGGCCGUAAUGCCAAGGGUGGUAACCUGGCCGUUGAAUCUCAAGCUGCAGCUCGUGCUAACGACCGUCGAUUUGACUCUGGCUCCAAGUCGGCUGACAUAAACCGUGAGGCAGGUGCCAAUGGCUUCCAGGACUUCCGGGAACGCGGUGACUCUCGUGCCGAGCGAGGAGGCCGUGGAGCCAACCGUGGACGUGGAGGUGCUUACUCUGGAUACCCUGGCCAGAACGGCCAGUUUGGCAUGGGAAACAACUUUGCUUCCAAGAACUUCGGUUUCAAUGAUCGCCAACGGUCCCAGCACGGUGUUACCAAUGGCUCACAGCAGAACAACCGGAUGUCUUUGAGAUCGCCUUCUUUGACAGGAUCUGCAAACCCCUACGGCGUUUAUCCCUUCCCGUCAGAGAUCAACACCAUGUACCCCUACCAGGCGGUUAACCCCGGCCCUAUGAGCGCAGUUCCUUACCAGCAGUACAUGGAGCCCUACUCGCUCAUGAACAUGCUGUCUAUGCAGCUGGAGUACUACUUCUCGGUUGAUAAUAUGUGCAAAGACAUGUUCCUCCGUUCCCAGAUGGAUUCCCAAGGUUUUACCCCUCUAAGUGUUAUUGCCACCUUCAAACGUGUAAAGUCUUUGACCGAAGACUUCGAACUCCUGCGUCAUGUCUCUCGCCAACUCCGCAAUGUGGAGUUCCAGACUGGUGAAGAUGGUGUGGACCGUUUACGUCCUCGCGAGAACUGGUCCCAGUGGGUGCUUGCCGGUGCCGCCCCGGCGCAACCUGAAAAGAACGACGAGAACGCCCCUAUCAAUAACCACGUCGAUGUUGCACUAAAUGGUUCUGUCCACUCUGGAUCACAUGGAUCACAACAGUUCCUUUCUAAUGGCACAGCUUCCCACAACACCCGCACACAUCUUUCUUCCAACGCCCCGGAGUUCAUGCCAUCGGCACAAAAUGAAGUCGCCACUGUAGGAGCCCCCCGGAUUUCUCUUAUUACCCCCUAUCUCGUUCCGGAUCAGGAUCCCCCUUUUAUAUGGCAACAAAUUUUGACAAGGCAUUUAUUGACGAAUUUCGAUCAGCGCUCGGAAUAG